CCGGCCUCUCUCCCCGGCUCGCCCAUGAAGAUGCCCUUGCAAAGGGCUCUGGUGGUCCUGGCCCUGCUGAACUUUGCCACGGUCAGCCUUUCUCUGUCCACUUGCACCACCUUGGACUUCAGCCAAAUCAAGAAGAAGCGCGUGGAAGCCAUUAGGGGACAGAUCUUGAGCAAGCUCAGGCUCACGAGUCCCCCUGAGCCAUCGGUGAUGACCCACGUCCCCUACCAGAUCCUGGCCCUGUACAACAGCACCAGGGAUCUGCUGGAGGAGAGGGAGGACGGCUGCACUCAGGAAAACACCGAGUGGGAGUACUAUGCCAAAGAAAUCCAUAAAUUCGACAUGAUCCAGGGGCUGGCGGAACACAGUGAGUUGGCUGUCUGCCCCAAAGGAAUUACCUGCAAGGUUUUCCGCUUCAACGUGUCUUCAGUGGAGAAAAAUGGAGCCAACCUGUUCCGAGCAGAAUUUCGUGUGUUGAGGGUGCCCAACCCCAGCUCCAAGCGCAACGAGCAGAGGAUCGAGCUCUUUCAGAUACUCCGUCCAGAUGAGCACAUCGCCAAGCAACGCUACAUUGGCGGCAAGAACCUGCCCACGCGGGGCACCACCGAGUGGCUGUCUUUUGACGUCACUGACACUGUGCGUGAAUGGCUCUCUCGAAGAGAGUCCAACUUAGGUCUGGGAAUCAGCAUUCACUGCCCGUGUCACACCUGUCAGCCCAAUGGAGACAUCCUGGAAAACAUCCAUGAGGUGAUGGAAAUCAAGUUCAAAGGCGUGGACAGUGAGGACGAUUACGGCCGGGGAGACCUGGGAUGCCUCAGGAAGCAGAAGGACCAGCACAACCCGCAUCUCAUCCUCAUGAUGAUCCCCCCACACCGGCUGGACAACCCUGGCCAGGGCGGCCAGAGGAAGAAGCGGGCCCUGGACACCGAUUACUGCUUUAACAAUGUGGAAGAGAACUGCUGUGUGCGCCCUCUCUACAUCGACUUCCACCAGGAUCUGGGCUGGAAAUGGAUCCAGGAACCCAAGGGCUACGACGCCAACUUCUGCUCAGGCCCUUGCCCCCACUUCCACAUGGCCGACGCAAACCACAGCAAGGUGCUGGGUGUGUACACCUUCUUGAACCCCGAAGCCUCUGCAUCGCCUUGCUGUGUGCCCCAUGACUUGGAGCCCCUGACCAUCCUGUACUAUAUCGGGAAUAACUCCAAGGUGCAAAGUUUCUCUAACAUGGUGGUGAAGUCCUGUAAGUGCAGCUGAGGCCCCGCCCGCAGCCCGGGGAGCAGAGAGAGAACUGCCACAGCCGGCCUGCCUGCUCCUCGGGAAACACAAAAGCAACAGACCUCACCUGGAAGCCUAGAGCCCACAAGCUGCAGCGUCGGGCAAAUGGCCGAGACGGAGGCUCCCUUCUGGAGCGUUCCUUUCUUGUUGGCUCUGAGAAUCACUGUGGCAAAGAAAGUGUGGGUCUGGUUAGGGGAAGGCCGAACUCUUCAGAACACACAGAUGUUUCUGGGACGUGGACAGGUGGUGGGACGGUGGAAGAGGGAUGGCGAGCGGACAGUGGUGUGGCAAUGGGGUUGGGGAGACGGGGAGGAGAAGAGGCAGAGUGUGGCCGGGACAGGGCCAGGCCGGAAGACAUGUCUGAUCGAGGUCAGAUUUGCUCAUUGCUGCCCCACGUCGGCUCUAGGGAAUCUGGAUCACGUUAUGCAUGGCAAGCAUUUCACUUCCGACAGGUUACCAAAACAUGGUCCCCAGUGUUGUCUCUCAUAUGACCUGGGAUGAAGAAUGAAAUCUGUUAAUUUUGCAAACUGUCCUCUGGACACCCAUCAGCAUCAAGGGGCAUUGCAGGGAAAGCGGCCCGGUAAUGCAGAUCCCGGCCCUCAGCUCCACGGGGCCCUAGGGGGACAUUGAACUCAGAAGCAGAAGGUGCAAAGCGACCCUGCUCCUGUCUGCCCUCUGGGUCCCUCCUCUCAGCUUCUUCUCUGGUGGCAUUUCCCCUGGGACAUUUGGCUAGACACCUUCCAGGUCAGGGUACACAUCCGAGAUGGGGGUGCGUGCAGCCCUGGGGGCAUUAUGGGCUUCCCCCUGCCCUGGGCCGUGUUCACCUGGUGUUCCUGGAAGCAGGUGCUAUGUGUGGGGCACGCGGGUAGCUCACUCGUGUGCCACGCAAUGACUCGGCCCAGACGCGUAGACUGAGGUAUAAAGACAAAUACAAAUAUUAAUCUCGAAAUCUUUGUAUAAAUAAAAAAAUUUUGGGGAACCUUGGAUCGUUUCCUCUUCUGGAAGAUUGUUUUUAGGACAGUAAAAGCCUUAUUCUAAAGUGUAAGUCUGAGUCGAUAGUUCAAUCGUA